UUAGACUUUGUAUCAACCAUCCUUGCGCGACAUCCCUCUUAAUUUGCAGUAUCUCUAUCACCCCGCGGGCUUUUCUCCUUGCAUCUCAGAGCUUAUGGUUUGAGCCAGAAACUUCAAACGUAUCAUUCCAAGCUUUACCGAGAAAUCUCUGACUUUGUCUAUCCUAGAAAAUGGUCCGAUCAUCUCAAUCCAAGACAUUCUCCUCUGCGCCAUAUUUUCAAGAUCGUGGUAUUCACGGGACGGCGGAACCCAUCACCGAAAGAGUAAAUCCUCAUUCCCGACCUAUUGUCUCAUAUUAUUUUCCUAAAGAUAUUGGCGCACAACACUAUGGCGAACGGCAUCCUAUGAAACCGCAUAGGCUCACACUAACGAAUGCUUUAGUGCUGGGUUACGGUCUUGACAAACAACUACAUCACAUAUAUGAUGUUCGAUGGGCCACACGAGAAGAGCUAGAAGUUUACCAUGACGCAGAUUAUCUUGAUUUUUUAGCCAAAGUUACACCGCAAAACCAAGGAGAAAUGAAGCAAAUGCUGGACAACUUCAACUGCGGAGAAGACUGCCCCGUUUUCUCGGAUAUGUACGAUUUCUGUCGUAUGUCAUCCGGAGGCUCGCUUGCCGCCGCUAGAAAACUAUGCGCUGGUACCACUGACAUUGCCAUCAACUGGGCAGGCGGACUUCACCACGCGAAGCGAGGGGAAGCCAGCGGAUUUUGCUACACGAAUGAUAUCGUUUUGGGAAUCCUCGAACUCCUGAGAUACCAUCCUCGAGUUCUAUAUAUUGACAUUGAUAUCCAUCACGGAGACGGUGUGGAGUUCGCCUUUUAUAACUCCAAUAGAGUUAUGACUGUCUCCUUUCACAAGUACACCGGGGAUUUCUUCCCGGGGACUGGGAAAUUGGACGAUAACGGUAGUGGACUGGGGAAACAUUUCUGUCUUAACGUUCCCCUAUUAGACGGUAUCGAUGACGAGAUGUACCUCACCGUUUUUAAGACGGUAAUUGGUGACACGGUCCACGCAUUCAGCCCGUCAGCAAUCGUUCUCCAAUGCGGUGCAGACUCUCUAGGCUGUGACCGUCUCGGUGCAUUCAACUUGUCUAUCGCAGCACACGGCGAAUGCGUCAACUUUGUACGAAAAUUCAACGUCCCACUUAUGAUCGUCGGGGGAGGCGGAUACACCAUCAAAAACGUCAGUCGCUGCUGGACUUACGAGACGUCCGUUCUCGUGGGUGCGUCAAUACCCAAUGAACUACCGCGUACCGUCUAUGACUCCUUCUUCGCCGACUCACAUUGGAAACUCCAUCCACCGCUCACGGGGAAAGUCGAUAAUCAAAACACCCCAGCCUCACUGCAGCGCGUCACGAUAAGUAUAAAGAACAAGCUCCGGUACUUGCAAGGUGCGCCGAGCGUCGAGAUGCAGGAGAUACCCCCGAACCUCCAGGGGCUUCUAGCAGAUGAAGAGCGUACGCAGGAAGAGAAAGACGAAGAGCGCGGUAAUGCCAAGGCGGGGGAACGGCGGGAGGAUCGGACGAUUGCCCGUAAUGAAUUCUAUGAUGGGGAGAUUGACGUUGAUCAUGCCCCGCCGCUGGUUAAUAACAAUAAUAGGUCUGGGACGAAUGGGCGCCGGGGACGGGGUGGGCGUCGAGCACGCGGGGGACGUAGGGCUAGGGGAGGAAGACCCUCUGGUGCGGGUAGAGAUGAUGAUGAUUCCAGUGAUGAAGUUGUGACUCCUCGGAGAGCUAGAGGCGGACGUAGAGGCCGGGGGAGAGUGAAGAGCUCCAGGACUAUUGAAAGGGAAAGGGAUGACGAGGGGGAACCGGAAAAACCUGGUGCAGAUUCAAUGGAUGUUGAUGAAGAGGAGUGAUUUUUGUAAGGG